GCCCGAAACCUGAUAUCUCUUAUCAUCAUAGAAAUAAUCACUGUCGCUUAAUAUAUAAAUAACGUAUAUAUCCUUGAUCUAUUCAAAAUAUUCGACGAUCCAUUACAUUCGAGAUGUUUUUGUUUGUGUUCUAUGUUUCGGUGGCACUUGUUGCAUUGUCACUUGCUUACUGGUAUUAUUUACAGUACAAGUUUAGGGCAUUGAAAGAUAUACCUGGGCCAAAACCGAUUCCCUUUUUGGGAAAUGUUAUGCCAGGAAGUCUGAAGGGAAUUUUAGACUUCAUGGUUAAAUUACAUGAAACAUACGGGGAGAACGUGAAGCUAUGGACAGGGCCCAAACUUCGGGUGCUAAUAACAAAUCCAGAUGAUGUGGAGAAGAUUCUGUCCUCCCAGAUUCAUUUAACUAAAAGUUCCACUUUCGAUUUGCUCAAGGUUUGGUUAGGUGAAGGUGUAUUGGUGCAAGGUGGAUCUGUGUGGAAGAAAACACGCAGGAUGUUAACACCUUCAUUUCACUUUAAAAUACUGGAGAAUUUUAUGACUACUUUUAAUCAAUCUAGUACGAACUUAGUUAAGAAAUUGGAUGAGGUCGCUGGUAAACCUUCUGUUGAUAUUUAUAAACUGGUAACACUACACACAUUGGAUGUUAUUUGUGAAACUUCUAUGGGUUUCAAAUUAAAUGCGUUGGACGAGUCAUCAGAAAAUGAAUACGUAAAAUGGAAUUCAAAAAUGUUAAAACUUUUAAGUGAAAGAGUUUUUUCUGUUUGGAAGAUGAACGAAUUUCUAUUCACCACAUUCGCCAGCUCUAGAGAUGUAUACAGAAAAGCCAUCGAGGUAACACAAAAUCUUUCCAGAACUGUUAUUCAGAACAGACUGAAGAAGUUAGAAGAAGAAGGUGGUAAAAUAAAUUUGCCAGAAGAUGAAAUUGGGAUAAAAUCCAAAGUUGCAUUGAUUGAUACUUUAGUUAACCCUGCUAACAAUUUAACACCAGAGCAAAUAAGAUCUGAGAUUGAUACCUUUAUGUUUGCUGGACACGACACUACAGCUUCGUCAAUUUCUUUUACACUCUAUGAAAUAGCCAGACACCCAGACAUUCAACAAAAAUUGUACGAAGAAAUUGUAUCAGUAAUCGGUUUAGAUGAUGUGGAAAUGACCACAAGUCAACUGCAUGAUUUAAAAUACAUGGAAAUGGUUAUCAAGGAAUCGUUAAGGGUCCAUUCUCCCAUUAUUAUGGUUGAAAGGUGUUUAACUGAACCAUUCGAAAUAGGCAAUAUCACAUACCCAACUGGAACAAUUUUGACUCCAUUUUUAUACGCCAUGCACAUGGACAAAAAUCUUUAUCCGGAUCCUUACAAGUUUGAUCCGGAGCGAUUCUCACCAGAUAAUUGUGCAAAAAGACACAAAUUCGCAUUUGUUCCAUUUAGUGCUGGACCAAGAAAUUGUAUUGGUCAGAGAUAUGCCAUUUUUGAAAUGAAGACAACUAUUUUAAAGAUCUUGCAAAACUUUGAGCUCUCACCAGUUCCAGGACAUCAGUUAAAACACGCAUUUACUGGUAUUUUAAAAUCUGAAAACGGAAUAUUAUUAAGACUGAAAAGAAGAGAAUAUUAAAUUAGUAUUUUAAUUAUAUAUUUAUUUAGUAGAAGUUAAUUAAAAAACUGACACAGAAUAUACAAACAUUACAUGAAGUUGAAACUUGUUUGGUCGAAACUAGUUCAUAAUUAAUGAUAUUUACUUACUUUUGAUUUAAAUAAUUAAUAAAUAUUUAGUGUAAACCUUACAAUAUAUAUUUUAUUCAUGUAUAUUUAUUUCUAAUUAAA